AAAAUGGAUAAGAGAUAAUAUUACAUAAUUCAUGUUUAAAUUCAUAAUUAUUUUUCACUGUUUAGCUUACUAAGCAAGCGUGUAAAAUUAGUAGUAUAAACGUUUAUCUGAUCAGGCAUGUAUGGCGCAGGUCCGAGUUUAUAGUUCAGUUCUUCUGAAUCAAGAAACUUUUCACGCGGUAGUAUACAUUGACAUACUCGAGCAGAGGAUUCUUUUUUAAUCUUGUUAAAAUUUGAUUUGUUGCAUUCGAUAUCAUUAUUUAUCAUAAACCAUAUUCUUCAGAACAUCAAAAAUAUCAGAAUCAUGAAUGGCCGAUUCAUGCACGCAUAUAUAGAUCAUUGAUGACGCAUUUCAACGGGAUCGUAUUAGAUGCACGAUGUAAUAUUGCCGUAACCUAAACAUGCAUUCGGAGGAUCAAAUCCAACUUAUGAUGUUAAAAACGAAAGAUGGUUUGGACGAAAUGCCGAAAGGCAUAGGCAGAGGUUCCAAUUUGAAGAUAUGGUCCUCUGUCAUAUAUCACAAGGAUAACAAUAAUACCGAGGAUACGAUAAGCGCGAGUCGAGAAAACGAUUUGUCCACCAAGCGAUCUCGAGGCGAACGAAAUUAUUUCAGAGAUAGCGAGGCAUUGGAGAAUUUUCAUUGUGCAAUCGGCCCUGUUUUAAGAGCCGCUCAAAUAUUCGGCAUGUUCCCAGUGUCCGGAGUUGGAUCUUCGUCACUAUCAAAACUUCAAUUCAAAAUAUUUUCAUUUCUCACUAUCUACUCAGGUUUUAUCGCCUUAACGGUUUCGUUUAUGACGAUUAUAUCGGUGAUACACAUGUUGAAAACUUUUAACGCCAGUACAUUUCAGAUUCGUGGUGGUUUAGGUGCAGCGACAGUCGGUGCAGUGUUCUAUGGGAACAGUCUGGUGGGCAGCAUCUUAUUUUUCUCAUUAUCGUCACGCUGGAUAUCUCUUCAGUACGAAUGGAGAGCCAUGGAACGAUAUAUAGACAGCAAUUCGACAGAACCCACACGGCUUCGAUGGAAAUUUUUUAUUAUAAGCACCGUGGUGCUGGUUUUGUCUCUUAUAGAACAUGUUCUAAGUAUAUUUAACAAUAUCGAUGGUUACGAGUGGAACGAAUCAAAUUCGACGUUUCGCAAUUUCUUGGAGAUAUACACAUUACGAUCUCAUUCGUUCAUUUUCGACACAUUGAAUUACAACUUUUUUUACGGUUUGUAUAUCUUUGUCGUUAGCAAGCUAGCGACUUUCACGUGGAACUUUACAGAUUUAUUCAUCAUGCUUGUUGCUACUGGUUUGGCUGAAAGAUAUAAAUCUUUAAACAAGAAAUUAGCAAUUACAAUGACGAAAUGUCAAACGGCAUUUAAUUGGCGCGAACUUCGGGAGGAUUAUGCGAUAUUGAGUUGUAUUGUGAAAAAAGUAGACGAUCACAUUUCUCCAAUAAUCCUUUUAUCUUUUGCAAACAAUGUGUACUUCAUUUGUCUUCAAUUAUUAAACGGCCUAUCCAUAUCAGAUAAAAACAGUGUAUUGAGCGAAGCUUACUUCUUUGGCUCCUUCGCUUUCCUUAUCUGUCGCACGUGCGCUGUCACCUUACUUACUGCUAGAAUACAUGAUCAGAGCAAGCAAGCGUUACCUUAUCUGUAUAAUUGUUCGACAUCUAGUUAUGGCGUCGAGGCUCAGAGAUUACAAUAUCAACUCGCGACAGACGAUAUAGCCUUAACAGGAUUACGUUUCUUCUCUAUCACAAGAAAUUUUAUGCUUGCGGUGGCUGGAGCAAUCAUAACAUAUGAAGUAGUACUUUUACAAUUUAAUGGUAAAUAAGAAAAAAUUAAAAUUUAUUAUACCUACUAUUACUCUAUUUGUAAAUAUAUUUUUGAUAAUAUUAUUGCUAUAAUUUAUGUAAUUAAUAUUUUGCCCUCUAUUAAAAAAUAUGAAAGAAUACAUUUCAAUGGAUUAAAUUUGAUUAAUAAAUUCUAAUGAUUUUUAAAUUUUCAUUGUAUUUAAUUUUUAUUAGUUU